GUAAGGAAACAUAAUCAGCUGAUCUUUAGUGAUGGAUCCAGAAGCAACUGCACUUUAUGUGGAAUAUUUCUAUGCUACCAGCCAAAAUCCUGAUAUCAAAGAGACCCACUCGCAUGCUGCUUACACAUCUGUCUUCCUUCCCAUCUUUUACACAGUUGUGUUCCUCGCUGGAGUGUUGGGGAACCUAGUCCUCGUGAGUGCACUGCACUUCAAACGGGGCAGCCGAAGACUGAUCGACAUCUUUAUCACCAACCUGGCUGUGUCUGACUUCAUUUUUCUGGUCACGUUGCCUCUCUGGGUGGAUAAAGAAGCAUCUUUAGGACUGUGGAGGACAGGCUCUUUCCUGUGCAAAGGCAGCUCCUACAUGAUCUCAGUCAACAUGCACUGCAGCGUCUUCUUGCUCACCUGCAUGAGUGUUGACCGCUACCUGGCCAUCAUGUGCCCAGCUGUAUCCAGGAAAUUCAGGAGGAGAGACUGUGCGUAUGGAGUCUGUGCCAGUGUCUGGUUCCUCUCCUGCCUUUUGGGUUUGCCUACUCUUCUGUCCAGGGAGCUCACUCUGAUUGAUGAUAAGCCAUACUGUGCAGAGAGGAGAGCUACUCCAAUUAAACUGACUUGGGCCCUGGUGGCCUUAAUUUUUACCUUCUUUGUCCCUUUGGUGAGCAUUGUGACGUGCUACUGUUGCAUCAUGAGGAAGCUGUAUGCCCAUUACCAACAGUCGGGAAAACAUAACAAAAAGCUGAGGAAAUCCAUAAAAAUCAUCUUUAUUGUUGUGGCAGCCUUUGUCUUCUCCUGGCUGCCCUUCAAUACUUUCAAGCUGCUGGCCAUUGUCUCUGGAUUGCAGCAACAAGUCUACUUUUCCUCAUCUUUUCUCCAGCUGGGCAUGGAGGUGAGUGGGCCUUUGGCAUUUGCCAACAGCUGCAUCAACCCUUUCAUUUACUAUAUCUUUGACAGCUACAUCCGCCGCGCCAUCUUGCACUGCUUGUGCCCUUGCCUGAAGAACUAUGACUUUGGGAGCAGCACAGAGACAUCAGAUAGUCACCUCCCUAAGGCUCUUUCCAACUUCAUUCAUGUAGAGGAUUCUGCCAGAAGGAGGAAGAGAUCUGUGUCACUAUAAAAGUCACUGCCAUCAAGUUUCCAGGCAAAAUAUGAUUCCUAUAGAUCUUGAACUCUGACAUAAAGGCUCCUGCUUGGAUCAA